UGAAUGACGCUUUGUGCAAAAGAUCCAGACGUGGAUCUGUCUCAAUUUCUGGCUCUUCUGAACUGCAAUCAAAGUCCUCAAGACGAUGAAAUGAAUGUGGAUGGUAGAAACACAGAGUCCCUAGAAGAGGCUGCCAUUCCAGAACGAGCUGUUUCAAUCUGCAAACAGAUGACACAGGAUGAGCAAACUGCUCUACAGCAAGACAUAAUAGACAUUGCAGUGUCAGGAAACAUGAAUCUCCUUUCCAAAUUGCUUCACUGCUUUGAAUGGAACCCUGGCAGAGUUAAAGAGUAUCUGCUAGAACUGAUUCAGAGAUCAUUCAUGGAUGAUUCUUCGAACAAAGACAUUCUGGGAAUUGUCAACGACUUCUUCACGUCUGAACUUGUAUAUUGCGAGGACCUCUCAUGUAGUCUUUUCGUUGAGUUAUUAGACUAUAUUUUGCAUGUAAUUUCAAACCCAAGCGAAGAAAUUAAAAAUGGCGAUGCAUUAGUUCUGUUGAAGUCCAUACUUGAACGAAUUGGAAAUGAACAUAAUAUGGCAAGCGUGGCCAUCUUUGAUCAAAACUUGCAUCCUUCCUCAAGCGUUGUUGUUGUGAUGAAAUAUUUGAUUGUCGAGAGCGAAUGGAAUUGUCGUUUGUUUUUAAGUCACAUUAUCAAAUUAGUCUCGGAAAUAAAUUUUGCACUCAUGACACCUUCGAAAGAUUUGCUUACUUCGUGGAUUCGGAGUUUAUUCACGAAGUUGGAAGUCGUAUCGGUUGAUGAUCCGACUCAAGUUCCAACAGUGUUCGGGUUGCUGUGUCAGUUCGGCUGUCAGUGGAAUGCCUAUGAAGUUUUGUUUUUAGAAUCAGAUCGUCUGAUGAAAAUAAAUCAAAAACUGAGGAGAAACGAGGAACUGCGCCCUGAGCUAAUCGAAAGUGAGGCCAAAUGCGUGAACAGCUUUCUUCAGUUGUUGAGACUGAAUCCUGAUCUGACCAAACGGCUGCUCAAAUUUGUACAAUCUAGACUGUCUUCUUGUACUUACAUCCACAUGUCGACGUUCUUUUUCUCUGUCUGCCUCUCUUCUCUCGCUCCUGGAUCUCCGACUGGAAAACUGUUCAAAGAGUCUAUGUCCAAUCUUCUUAAAAGGCAGGUGUCUUCUCUAUGUGUAAAUGAGCAGAAUGCUCGGAAAUUGAUUCUGUUCAGCCAGCAGUUGCCUGAGACCAAAUCUCUCGAAGAGUACAUUGAUGAGUGCAUAGAGGUGUACAAGGCAGGAAGCGCUGCAUAUAAACUACUGGAAGGUAUCGUGAACUUCGGAUUCCUCGUGCUUGACAAUUUUGGACCACACCCCUUCACCGUCUCAUCUUCCAACUCCUCGCCAGCUUCAUUCAAAGCGCCCGUUCCCCACCGACCCCUGACAAACAGACAACAGGUGUGUCAAUUGGCGGCAGAUGUGUUAGAGAAAGUGUUCACGCAGUUCGAGAUCUGCAGGCCGACUGUGUUGAUGACGACACUGACUAAGAUGUACAUUCGAGCGUCCAGUAAGGGAGCAGUGGUACAUCACUACUCACAACUGUUUGCGAAGCUUAUCAGACUGGCACCUACAACUGUAUUCGCCAAAAUUGACGAACUGAGCAAGUGGUUCGACUACAUCCCACGGCUACCGGGUGCAGUGGUCAGGGAUAUUUUACACGGAGUACGCCCUCUGAUCAAGUUGAAUCCGAACCUCAGAAGGGAGCUGGUCAACGUCAUCAAGGUCGCUCACAGAUCCGGAUGCGAGCACUCGAGGCUUAUGAGUGCGUUCGGCAGUCUUGCAGUUCUGCGUAAUCUCAAGCUGUCUCUAUGUGGGCCAGGGUUUGAGGAAAGCAUAGCUUGUUCCAUCUCACUAAGUCAAGUGGCGACCAGCCUACAAGUGAAUGCCGAUUCAUCCAGCGACAUGAAUUCGACUUGUUUCCAGCUCCUUUCAAUUCUGAGGCGAUCUCUUCACUACUCGGUAUCCAUUAAGUCCGCUAUCUACCAAAACAUACCAACUGUAGUAUCCGAAAACGAAAGUAUCUCUUGUGCCCUAAUCGAAAUGCUGUAUCAACACUUGGUUUCCUUGUGGACUGGAAACAAUGUAGUUCAAUGUGUUAUGUCUUCAUUUGACCUUGAAGAUACGUUGACUGAGGAGUUUGGACAACUUGUUCACGCACUUGCAGAAUGUGUUCAUGUGGUGAAUGACAGGUUGGUUGGGAGGAAUGUCUCGGAUAUGAUUGAAGAAGACUCGGUUUUGACAAAAGUAUGUGCAAAUGGGUUCAGAAUUGUAAAGGAAGUUGUUUCGUCUGUUUCUACUGCAGAUCUCAAAGAUUUGAAUAUUGGUAAAGAUUCCGAUUUCAAUAGAAAGAACCCGGCAGGAGCCCAGAAUCUAGAAACUGCACACAUAUUCAACACACUCGUACAGACUUCGAUUCAGUUUAAAGUUCGAACUUACCAAUCAAGCCAUGAAGCGUCAUGUGUGCAGUUUUUGGACAAGCUGUUUGACAAAUUAAUGGACUUAUUUGACGUGAAUAAGUUUUUCAAGCCUCGAAAUUUGUUCAGCUUGUCUGUUUUGAAUCAUCUUGUUGCUGUUAUUUUGUUCCCGUUUUCAAGUGGAAAAGAUGAAAAUGGCACGUUUUCCGAGUUUGUCAAUUGUGAAAGAUUGAAGAAUGUGAUUUUGAAAUUUGUUUUGCAACAGUGCGAAUCGUGCUUGCAGUACAAUAUGGUGGAUGAAAAGUAUUUAUACCAAUGCGGUGCGUUUUAUCAAUCUGUGAAUGAAGACUUCCAGCAUGUGGGUGUUUUGAUUUGGAAAGGAAUCGUUCAGAUAAUUGAGAAAACCGAAUCAACACAAUUGAAUGAUCAAACUAAAGGUGGAUCCUACUUAGAAAAUCUGCUCAUGUGCAUGACAUUCAUCUUCAAAGUGACCAUUGCCCGGUUCCCAACGUCGCUCGAAGACUUCAUUGGAUCCCUUGUGGACUCAAACUCUUCGUCAGAUCGAUCAUCCUUGACUAGAUCGGCAUCCCUUUAUUUCCAAAUAGUAGAAAGUGUUCAUAAACUAGUCGACGCGCAUCGGAGUUUAUGCUCUGGAACUGCUCCUUCGACUGUUGUGACGCAGACCCUAAUACGGCUGUUGGCAGUCGUGACCGAGUGCUUGUUUGGGAACAGUUUGACUGCGUGGGAGUUAAAACAGAGCUGUCAGUGGAUGUGCAAGACUCUUAUGGAGAGUUCUGAUUUGGAUACAACCAGUGCCAAACUGCUUCUGAACCUGACUUUAACUAGCUGUUCCAAAAUCCAGACCAACAACUUCACUUCAAAAGUAGCCUCUCAGAUAUUUUUUGAGCUGUGUGAGGAUGAGCAACGAGUGAAGCGGCCUCAAGUGCCUGUGAGAGUGGUGAAUCGAGAGAACGGAGAGUCGCUUUCCAACGAGUUGAACUCAGUUUUAUCGCAGUGGCUGGGAAAUGUCGGCUGGAUGAUCAGAACAGCUGGCAACAUUCUAGCCAGCGCUGCUAAGAUGGGAUCCGAGAGUUCCGCCGACUUUCUUGACAACAUUGAUAAAGUUGAACUAACCCUGUGCAAUGAACUUCUAGCGGUAACCUUUACCCUGAUAAAGCUCCUAAACUGCCCUCUAACUAAAGAAUCCUCGUUCUGUGCCACAAUUUCGAACUGCUAUCUCUACCACACUAACAUGGACCUGUUUCUGAAGAAUAUACUGUUACGAAUCCAGCACGUGACAAGAAAUAGAGCGUCGCCGUUGACUAGUGAAGUUCAGAAUCUGAUGAAGAAUUCGCAGGCGCCGAUGAAAGAUGCAGUUCAUAAUGCUAUGGAGCAUGCUCUUGGAAAUUUGUGGCAUUCAAAUGAAGUGGCGACAAUUUCAAGAAAGAAGCCGAAAAAAAACGUAGCUGCAGCAACUCAGCAGCCAUUGGGUGACAUCUCGGACCGAGCAGUGAAUGAUGCACAGACUGAACUUGACCUUGACCAGGACACUGCUGAACAGAUUGUGGGAAACGACAGAGGGAAAGCGAAAGUAGGCAAGGAGACGAAGAAUAUCCCACAGCUGGUGUACGCCAUGGAACAGAUGGAGGUGACAACAUUCAAGUUAUGCAAACAUCUGGGAUUGGAAUCAUCUCAAUUUAUCAGCAGUGUGAACUUGCGGGACUUCAGAAUCCGCGAUGACGUAACAGCUCCUCUAUCAGUCGCCAUGGAAGACAACAAUGGUCCUCCGCCCUCUAGUAGAGCACGCACUAAUUGAAUAUAGCUCAUCACUUUUCACUGAUAGCCACCGUUUGUUUUUUCCCUCAUUUGUUUUUGAGCAAUCAUGUACCUGAGCGCCCAAAUAUACUUUUUCGUGUUUGUUUUGUACUUUUUCGCUGUCUUAUUGUCAAUGAAUGAAGUGAAGAAAGUUA